UCAAAAUCGCAACUUUUUAUUUCUUUUUCGACCCUUUCGAUCAUCGGAAAAGCUCUUUUUUUUUUUUUUUUGACGAUCUUUGGGUCUCGACUCUUGAGUAAAAUUGGUGUUUCUUCUCUGUUGUUCUUAAAGUUUUGAUCUUUUUUUGUUUUUUUUUUUUUCAUUUUGGGGGGUUUUGAAAUCUAGUGAAAUUUUUGAUGGAAGUGGGUAGCUCCAAUUCAUCGGGUCAGCUCUCAGGGCGGGUCGUUGAUACAAGAGGCAAACACAGGAUUCAAGCUGAACUCAAGAGGCUUGAACAAGAAGCUAGAUUCUUAGAGGAAGAGCUGGAGCUGCUUGAGAGGAUGGACAAUGCAUCAGCGUCCUGCAAAGAGUUCUUAGACAGUGUUGACAGCAAACCUGAUCCUCUUCUUCCUGAAACAACAGGUCCGGUGAAUGAGACAUGGGAUCAAUGGUUCGAAGGCCCUAAAGAAACAAAACGAUGUGGCUGUUCCAUUCUUUGAUCUUCCUUUCCCUCUUUUAAAGUUUUGUAUCUACUUCUUCUAGAAGAGUGAGUUUGUGUUUUUACAUUCCGCGGCAGUGAAAUUGAUGUAAUUGGCCAAAAAAUAUGAUUCAUUUGUGCAGAUAAAAAAUCUAUUGAUAUUGACAUGUCUUUAA